AAUAAUAUAUCAAAUAAUAAAAUAUUACAAGGGUCAUUAAGAGGCUUGUCAUUCAAUACGUAUCCAAGACACAGAACAAGUUUUAGGGAGAGCUGGGGACCUGAAGCCAAAAGCCCAAACAUGGAAAUUCCACUGUCUUUUGGUUGAGAUGAAGUGCAGGUACCAUCAGAUGAAGCUAUCUUGGGUAAUCUGGCAUGACAUGGUGUCAAAAAAGCACACACAGUGAGUCACUAGGAGUGUAUGUACAAAUCAGAGCUUGCCCUGAUCCUCUCCCCCAUCCCACCACGGGGGGAGUGAGCUGGCAGCUCUGUCUUGCUUAAUUCCUGGCUGGGCUUAAACCACAACAAGUACAGAUGAUUCAGUUCUGCAUGAAGAGGAGAAGUGAAGAACAAAGCCUAGCACUGUUAUUAUUACAAUAUUUUUCUUGGUAAGGUUGUUUUGGAAAAGUAGUAACAGGUCCCUGAUCAAUAGUGAUGGAUAGGCAACAAAUGGAAGUCAAACCAAAAUGUCCUGGCCUGAGAAGACAUGGAAUAUAUGCAAUGUGUCUCAGUACUUUGCUCUAAAAUUAUAAAACAAGGCUAUGUAGCCAGAACCAGCAUCUGACCUUCCACUUCUUUUUUUUCCCCAAGAAAAAAACUGGAGGCUCUUGCCCAUCCUUGACGUAUUCCAUACCUACUGCCAAAUCUGCACUCCCCCACUCAGACACAAUCCCAAAAUAGGGUGUGAUGCCUUUCCCGUUGACAAAGCCAUAAGUCACAGUGAGCAAGACACACUCAACAUUAUCCAAUCAGUUAAAUGAAAAGAGCUCUCCCCCUCUGUUUCCCACCACUUCAGCACUCAUUAUAUCUCACAUUAAUUAAUAUAGGCACUAGGAAGUAAGAUGAUAAAUUACAAAACCCCAUUAACCUGAUUCUGUCCAAACUGGUAAAAUAUGGCAGCUUGUACAUUAGACAAAUCUUCCUUGUUAACGUGGGAGUCCUCAUGCCUGAACUCUGUUAAAGCAGCAGCCCUAAAAAAGUAUUUUUAAUGUGUGUAUGUAUGGAAUGUAUAUCAAUGUGCGUGAACAGUGCGCGCCUGUGGGAACAUCAGAAUUCAUUAGAUCAGUCUGAUAUGAGAUAUAUUGAACAGGUUCCAUCUGACAUACGUUACUGGGUUGUUCUGUCCACUUCCAACCGAGUGAAUCAUAUUGACAGGUUGAAUUAUAUCUCAAGAGAUAUUUUUCUCCCCUCCUCCAAAGGCCAUUUGCAAUCACGGCACAUCCACUGCCUCUUAAAAGUGAGCUCAUCUGGCGCUGGUUGCAUUGGAGUCCUCCACCGUGCCUGAAGGAAGGAAGGAAGGAUGCUUUUGGGCGCUGGCAACGUGGAGAAGAUGUGGUCUGCCCAGCUGUGUCUGGGAGUGCUAACCAUCUUGACCAUGGCUCUGUGUGUCCCAUCCACACAUGGAGACCCUUUUCUACUCCAAGAGAACCGAGUGCUUCCAGAGAGAGAAGACACAAAUCACGAGGACACAUUGCUGACUCUGCUUCUUAAUAAGAAAUUCGCAUGGCGGAGGCCAGAAAAUAUUGACUGGGAGCUAGCAAAGAAAUUUGAAGAGCUUGAAGAGCUGGAGAAGUUGAAGGAUCAGCUGUCAAAUGAGGACGGGUCAGAGGUGGCCUAUGCCUUGGAAAGUCUCUCAGCAUCCCAGCCCAAAAAACGCGCCUGCUUUUGGAAAUACUGCAUCUGAAGGCUUGUCAGGACUGGAGGAUGAAGAUGAGCCCUUCCCCAAACUGCCUUGCUGGGUAUUAACGUGUUAAGAGUUUGUUCUGUUCCCUCAUCGUGCUGCUAAUUUGGAAGCCAUCCUCCAUGACUGCACCACAGCCGAGUCUAACAGGGGCCGUGGCAGGACCUGGCAGCCCACUGCCACUCUGCACUGCUCCUUUCUUCCAGGUUUAACCUGCCAUGAUCUUCCACUCAGAAGAUGCUUCCCAACUUUCUGUGCUGUCCUGUGUGUGCCAUUCAGGCUGCUGCCACUGUGCACUCUCCCCCUUCUCACCAGGUCCCCUGAGGCACCCAACACUAACUCAGCUUCCCUGGGCUUGGGGCUCAGCCCACACCUGCAGACGGUGCUCUCAGUGCUGUCUGGGUUUCCUGUCGCCUCCUGAGCAGGUCUGUGCUGCCCUGGUGGCCGCUGUUGGCACAAGAAGGCAGGCUGGGUGGGAUGUGAAGGGCUCAGGGCUGGAUUGCUGAGCCAGAGCUGCUCCUCACCAUGUCCCUCAGUGUGCACAGGGGAGGGCAGGCAGAGAGCUCUGGAUCCUUUGGAUACCAUUCCAAUAAAGAUUUUCUGUUGCACAGAAUCAUG